UCCGGACGCGUACGAUGCUGAACGCCGCAGCGGCCGACAGAAAUAAAGAGCCCAUCCUCGCCGUGCUGAAAAGCCGGCUGACGUCCGACAGGCCCCUGGUCGCUCUGGAGAUCUCUUCGGGCACCGGGCAGCAUGUCGCGCACUUUGCCAGAGCGUUCCCAAACGUUGCGUGGCAACCGUCUGAAAUCGAGGCGCGGUCGAUGUCGAGUAUCGAGGCAUACAGAGAGUAUCAUAGGCUGCAGAACGUGAAGCCCCCCGUCUACCUGGAUGUGUCUCAGAGUUGGGAGAACUGGGCGGGGCUUCGGCCCGAGUCAUGUGACCUGGUCGUGAACAUCAACAUGAUGCACAUCUCACCUCUGUCCUGCACAGUAGGUUUGUUUAAUGGCGUUGAAAUACUGAAGCCACAGGGAUUGCUUCUGACUUAUGGGCCUUAUGCUUUCAAUGGAUCAAUUGCUCCUCAGAGUAAUGUUGACUUUGACCACAGCUUGAGAUACAGAAACCCAGAGUGGGGUCUAAGAGAUGUGUCCUUACUGAAGACGCUAGGCCAGGAAAACGGGCUGCGCUUGGAAGAAAUUGUUGACAUGCCCGCCAACAACAAGUGCUUGCUGUUUCACAAGGACAGCGUGGUUUAAUAGAAUAACUCCGUAUUUACGUUUGAGUGGACUCUGUUAUAACGGUUUAAAGAUACUGACGACACAAAGGCUUUGCUGAAACUGAUCGUCGCUCUCUUUCUGGAAAAGACGUGUUCCUGUGGGAUGUACUUUUUUCACAAUAAAGCAAAUUAAUAAUAAUUUAGACAGGUAUGUUGUGUAUCUGUGAGUUUCUUUGGUCAUCCUCAUUGGUUUUCUGGAUUACGGUUCUGAAAUGUUAUGUGAUGCUCAGCCGUAGCUUCUUCUAGGAAGCUAAAAUGCACUAUUAACCAACCACCAUGUGCCAAAAGCAAGAAAGAUGAUCAAAUGUGUAUUUCGAAUGCAAUGCCACUUGCUUUGGGUUUGCUUUCAACCCUAAAUGUAUAUAUUUUUUGGGGGUAAUAUCAAUUAAUUCAUAGUCGCAAUCAAUAUAAUUUCACUAUAUUUGUAUGCCGACAGCUAAAUAUGUAAAAUAUCAAAAUUAAACCAUUUUUUAAAUUUGAUGAAGCACGGUUAUCGGGCGCAAUGUAAAAGGCAAUGCUGCAAUCGACGUUCAUUGAUCAAUAAAGAGUAUCAGUGUAUUA